AUGGAGGAAUCAAAAGCGCCUCAUGUCGCGAUCAUACCGAGUCCCGGAAUGGGUCACCUCAUCCCACUCGUCGAGUUCGCUAAAAGACUCGUUAACUGCCACGGCUUCACCGUAACCUUUGUCAUCGGCGGCGAAGGUCCACCGUCAAAAGCUCAAAGAACCGUCCUCGAAUCUCUCCCUUCAUCAAUCUCCUCCGUCUUCCUACCUCCUGCCGAUCUUACCGAUCUCCCGUCGUCAACUCGCAUCGAAACUCGGAUCUCGCUCACCGUCUCUCGUUCGAACCCGGGGCUCCGCCGAGUCUUUGAUACCUUUCAGGCGGAGGGUCGCUUGCCGACGGCCCUCGUCGUCGAUCUCUUCGGCACCGACGCUUUCGACGUGGCAGUAGAGUUCCACGUUUCACCGUAUAUUUUCUACCCAUCAACGGCCAACGUUUUGUCGUUUUUUCUCCAUUUCCCUAAACUCAACGAAACGAUGUCGUGUGAGUUUAAGGAAUUAACCGAACCGGUUAAGCUCCCUGGGUGUGUACCGUUAAUGGGGAAAGAUGUUCUUGACCCGGCUCAAGACCGGAAAGAUGACGCAUACAAAUGGCUUCUCCAUAACACCAAGAGGUACAAAGAAGCCCAAGGGAUUCUUGUGAAUUCCUUCUUCGAGCUAGAGCCAAAUGCGUUAAAGGCUUUGCAAGAACCGGGUCUUGAAAAAAUAUCAGUUUAUCCGGUUGGACCAUUGGUUAACAUUGGUAAGGAAGAGGCUAACUCAGUCGAACAAUCAGAAUGUUUAAAGUGGUUAGAUAAACAACCACUAGGUUCGGUUUUGUAUGUAUCUUUCGGUAGUGGCGGUACACUCACGCGUGAGCAGUUCGAUGAGCUUGCUCAUGGUCUUGCGGAGAGCGAGCAACGGUUUCUUUGGGUCAUACGGAGUCCGAGUGGGAUCGCUNUUGAAGAAGCCAUUUUUAAUAUGUAUACAGUUUAG